AUGGAUGACGUCAAUAAUGCUCUAAAAUGGAUGAAAAUAAUUUUUUAUGGUACUGAAAUGCCUGUUAUAUGUGUACUCAACAAAAUUGAUGAAUACUUCAAUAAUGAAUUGCCGAAUUCGGAAGCUGAUGUAAAAAAACUCGAAGAAUACACUAGAAACGCUUUGAAGUUAGUAAAUAAAUACUUAGUUAUUCCAACUGUUAAAUGUAUUCCUGUAUCUGCUACGAAAAAGUAUGGCAUCGAUCAACUUCGACUGAGUAUUAAUGCUACAUCACCACUAAAUGCACAAAUUGUUGACAAAAAUCUUGAUUAUAUUAGUCAACAUCGACUAUCAAUUGCCAAUAAAAUUAUUGCUGCUUUUUCUACAGCUUCUGCAGCAGUUUCUUAUCUUCCCAUAGCCGAUACUAUUAUUGUAACUUUUUGGCAAGAAUGGAUGUAUCGAAUGUUGGCUUGUUUUUCAGCUGAUUCCAGUCGAACACUAAACUCGUUCAAAGCGAUGCACUGUAUUCGCCAAGGAACAAGUUUAGCGACUCGUACUAGUGCGCUUUUCGUUGGAGGUUUAUUUCAAUUAACUCCUGUUGGAUAUUCAAUUGGCUCAGGUAUUUGUGUAUUCGCAGGUGCAAUGUCAACAACUGCUCUUGGAUGGGAAUGUUUUUUUUAUAUUGUUGUCUAA